AUGCUCGAGCGGGGCGGGGCCGGUGGGGGAGGGGGACCCUGCCCGAACUCUCACUCACCGCCUCGUUCGCCUCCUGGCCCGGGCUCCGCGGCUCGCCCCGCUCCGGUGCCAGCCGCUCGCGUAUCCUCCCGAGCUUCUAGGACCAGUCUGGCUGCACCAAGAUGGGGAGAGGUCCGCGCGAGCCGAGGGAGCGUGGCGAGCGGGAACGAGGGGGUGGGGAGGGUGGGACGGCCGUUCUCGCCGCCGGGGACACCGCAGACACGACCGCCGCCGGCUCCACUCAGCCACGGAAGCUGCGGGCCCUCCCACCAUACCGGGUCCCGCCUCCGCACCGCCCCCUCCUGGGAGCGACAGCCCUUUCGACCAAUCAGAAACCUAGCGCCGUCAGGGCCGGCCCGACUUGGGGGGGCGUUCGCCGAAGGAAGAAGAACGAGGAAGGCUAGUGCGGCGGCGCGACUUCCUGUGACUGACAGCACGGCGCAACCAAUCGGGCACCAACGACUGGAUAAACCGGAGUACGAUUGCCCUAUAGUCCAACCUGGAAAACCAAUGAGUUUAUUGGACUUACUAAGAAAUCAUGGCUGGCCCCCAAAGCAUCGAGACUACCAAAAAGUUGCACCCCAGCAUGGAUGAUGAUGUCCCCAUAGCUGCGCAGAUGGGGUACACAGUUCCGUUAAACUUCCAUAGUCUACACACUCUAGCCAGGUCACAAGACCUCAUGCAGCUAGGGCAGAAUUGAGUAAGGUGAGCUGGGGGAUGCCGGAGGGAGUAACUGGGAUCCAGUGAGGGUUCAGAGACCCUCCCCAUGCCCUCCUUCAGCGCAGGACCAUCAACAGUCAACAAGCCCAACCUUGAGGGUCUCUUGCCAGAUAAGCUGUAUGUUUAGAGGACAGUGCUGCUAGGCACAAGGAAAAAGAAAGAAGGCACCCUCCCUGAAGGUUCUGGAGAACAGUUGCCAGAAUGGGAGGACUGGUUAACGCAGUGGAAGAAGAAACCCUCGGGGCAUCCUUACAGACAUGGGAAGGCACCGUGACUGGAAGGGGGUAAUUCCUGUUACAUCUCUGAGUGAGUUAUUCUGUCCGCUUCCAUUCUCCCCCGGAAGUCUCCCAGACUGCUCACUGAUGUGUGGCUCUGUUGGACAGCGAGAAGGAGGUACAACUCUCUCUGUCCACUGCAGUAAGCCAACCGGGCCCUGAGUAAUUCGCAGUUAUUCAUCUGUAAGUCACCUUCAGGUUCCAUACCACGUGUCUCAUCACAGAACCUUGGAGGUAGCCCAGAUCCUGAGGCCUCUUAGUCACACCUUCCCUCCCAAGAUUAAAGAAAAGAAAAAUGUCCACAAAACCCUAAUAAAAUUAGGUAUUCAAUAACUAUAUAUGCUAUAUAAAUAAAACUUUAAAAUGAAAUAAGA